AUGUUCUCACCCAUGCCUACCCCAGCAUCCUCGGCCCUGUCGCCUAUUUCGCGAACCAUGGCGGACGUGGAGAAGAUACGUGAGCAUCAUAAAGGCCUAAACGCCGCAUUCAAUGCCCUUCGAAAUUUCUCCAGAGAUGUUUAUCGUCCUAAGAGCGCGGCCGCAAAUGUUCUCCUCGAAUGGCACCGGGAGAUCAAGCUUUUAAUUCAAUACGUGCCUCUUGGAUUCACGGAGGCUUACUACAUCGACCUAAUAAAGAAACUUCAAGCGAGGAUAUACGGUACUAUAAAAGAAAUAAUGGAGGCAUUGAAUCAGUGGCAGGCACAGUACGAGACAUUGGUUUAUACGGACAUUGACGAGUUGUUUCGGGGUGUUGAUACGGAUGAGGUGUUGAGCCGUGAGGCCCGAGAGAGUGUGAAUGAGGCCCGCAAUACUUCGGUGAAUGUCCGGUAUGCUUGUGCUUUCGAGUGGGAGUGGGUGCGCGAUAUGGUUGGGAAGUACCAGAGCGCCCUAACUUCCGAACAAUGCAACGAGCUUAAGCAGAUUGUUGAAUGA